AUGUCCACCAAUGGUGGGAGUCUUGAAGAUUGUCACACGAACGUCUUUGCUUUGACGGAAUUGAAUGGUCUCAAGUGGAAAUGCUUAACAACACCUUUGUCGCAAAGAACUUGGACAAGUCUGGAGCAAGAUCCCGUAUUAAGUGCUUAUGCAAGAUGCUUGCAAGCAGGGAUUCUCUGUGCUUGGAGACGACAACCACCCCAACCAUCCGCGACACUUGCAGCUAUGCAACUACCAGAUUACAGGAUAGAUGUUGUCAAAGAAUUGUGGAUUUUCUGGUAUUCUCAUGAUGAACCGGAUUGUCUCACUGAAUAUACCAGUCAUUUGGCAUGUGCUGAAGAUGGUCAAGGUAACUGGUCAGUACCAGGCAUACAAUAUGAAACGAGGACACUAUUUUUCAAGGCACUACAUAAUUUGAUAGAACGGAAUAUGCUAAAAAAUGGAUACAUUCGUAUUGGAAAAUAUUUUACACGUCCGUACGAAGUACCUUCAUCCGAUCGUAUACACUGUUCUCCUAGCUAUGUGAAUGGAAUCAGUUUCAAUUUUUUCGUUCAUGGUGAAAAUAUUGUUUGUGCAACUGUCUCUGUACAACGACAGCCAACCUUAUUUCGCCUUUCACGGCGUCAUUUGGAUUUGGGUAAGAAACAACCGGUGAUAUUAGGGCCAUGGUCAAUGCGUGCCGUAUUAUUACCUGAACAACCGAGAAUUGUUGAUUCCACAACAUCAGUAUUGCAGCAGCAACCUCCCACACCACAAUGCGCAUCAUAUUCAAGCAACUAUCGUGAACCAUUAUCUUCUGUUGUCCAGCAUGAUGGCGCAGGAACUAUUUCAAAAACUGCUGUGGACAAAUUGUGGUCUGAAUGGUUGCAAUUCUUCUGUUUAAUUGUUAAUGUUGAAAGGAAUCUAAGUUCAGCAGAUACUGUUGGCUAUGUUGGCUUCACCGAAAGUACAUCACCAGCCAAAAGUAGCCUGCCAAAAAUGGUCUUAGUGGACGUGGAUGGAGUUAAUAUGUGGUAUCCAAGUUCACUGAUUGUUGUUCAGGCUUCCGAUGACUUGUUGAUGAGACAGAAUGAAAAGACUGCCAGUGAUGGGGAUUUAGACUUUUUCAAUAGCGGAAGUAACAGCAGCAGCUUUACCGCGCGAACACCACCAGCUACUGGCGGACAUACGAGAUUACGAAACACUCCGUCAUUUCGGAAACGGAAAAAAAGGCUCAGCGAAUGUGACGUAGUACCUAAUGCUGAACGACAUAAUGCAAUGUAUGGGACGAUGGUGAAUGGCGCAAGAGCAGCACAAAGGUUUUUUGAAGAAUCCUUCAUUGCUCCGGCAAAUAAUCGGCGAAAAGAAAGCACAGAAUCGCCCUCCUCUUCUGGUUUGGGCUUUUUAAUGUCAGCUGCUACAAAUGAUGAUGAUUGCCGGUGGAAUUUCACAGAUGGAAUGCGACGAAAGGACCGCGAAGAAGGAUGUGGUUGCCAUCAAUGUCGUUUACAACAGUCUAGCAGCACUGCCGCUAUUCCCAAUCUGUCAUCGCAGCGCGUAACACCUCAGCAAGGCAUGUCUCUUUACGCUUGUAUUGGCCAGGAGCCUAAUCAGUCCUGUUGUACGCCAGUCAAUUUCCUGAGUAACGGUUCCAGCUUGGAAGCAAGGAAGGAAAGAUCAACCAUAUUUCAUCGGCGUUCUUCGUCCUGUGCACGCUCUCCGUCACCGCUACGAUCACCGCCUUGGGAAAAGAAAAUUUUAGCUACCAAUUCAGAAGCCGUAGAUAAUGGGCAUAAUCUUGACUGGAUACGUGAAAGCUAUUUCCGUAAUUCCAGAAGUAGUUCAAAGUCUGGACGCACUGAUCCACUGCAUGAAGAUAGACAUAUAUGUCCGAAAACACCAGAUGCUUCAGCGCUAACAGAAUCUCCAGAACGUCGACGUGUACAGAAAAAUUCUGUGCAAAUGUUUGGUAAAAUUGGAAGCUGUAAACCAGUCUAUCAAAAUUUAAGUCCUACUAGUCGGCCACGUUCUCCAGCUUGCGAUACAUCCCAAACAGAACCAUUGAAUCGCAUGCAGUCGAAAGAUUGUUUAAGCAAUGAUUUUGCUUCACUAUCAGCAAGAAAACAUGGACCUUCGAUUGUAGAACAACAGCCUAAUUUAAUAAGCGGCUUGCGAUCAAAAAUGGACAAAAAAUCUAAAGGACGAAAGCGAAAAGCAUAUGAAAAGCUAGAAUGGAGUGGCAUCGAAUCAUUGGAUGUGUCGUUUCUGACAUCAAAAGUUGGUGAAGAUGGUGAGAGUGGUGAUGAUAUUAAUUUCACAUGCUCUGGUGAAUUUAAACUUCGUGAAUGCAAAUUGGAAAUCAAAGACGAAGCAGUCGAAUCCUCUAAUAGUCGAUUGGUAGUAUUACAAAAUGAAUCUUCUCUUAUUAGUGUUUCAACUUCUCAGGCACAAGACGGUGUGCGCAAUUUGCCGGUGUUCUCACAAAUCGGGUCUGUUUUGCCAUCGAGUACGGAUGUUCACUUGACUCCCAGUAUCUUCACUUCUGAAUGUGAUACUCAGCCUUUGUUUCUUGAUGAUUGUAACCCAUCCACUAUUGCAAUGAUUGAAAGAAGUCCGGUUGAUACUGCUGUGACUGAUUCGGUGCAUUUAUCUCCCCCAGCAAGCAACGAAAGGGUUGAGCCGACGCAGAUUUUGGGGGGAACUGUUGCAAAUGUGAUGGCACGUGUUGGCGGACCUCCAUCAGUAGGCGAUUACAUGAUAUAUCCAACUCCCCCAUCAGUUGAUGCAACUCAAUCUCAACAGUUUAGUCCUCAAAAUACGCUCAUACAGGCAAAUCCAACUAGUAUUCUCUACCCACCAACGGUUUCGUAUAUGGCAGCAGCAGCGGCAGCAGUAAAUCUUUGUCAUAAUAUUCCUCCCGUGCAAAUACCUCCUAAUGUUAUUUCGGAAACUGAUAUUGCGACCGAAACCGUCUCAACUGUUAAACAAGAACUUGAUAAUGACGAUGAAAGACUUUUGGGUAAGCUGCAUUAUUCGAUUGGUGAAAAACCGGUGUACGGUAAAUUUAUGAAAUUGGAGAUGGCACUAAGUGGAAAGUUUGCUGGAAAUAUACUUGCCAAAGAAUUUUUAUCGUUGGAGGCAAAAGAAUGUCAAGUGCUAGAAGGUGUCUAUGCAGAUCAAUUAAAGCUCAUCAAAACAGCUGUUGCGGCGCGUGAGAAGCGGAGAAAGGUUGGUCGUGCUCCAGAUUAUUUAUUCAUGCGUGAACGUUUUCGGAAUCUUGCCCCACACUCAUCCUUCGCCACUACUCGUCAUUAUCGAAUACCAUAUAACAAUGGUCAUAUGCUUUCUUCGCACUGUCUACCAACUUUGCAAAUGUUACAACACGGUAUGUCAAUGCCUAAUUUCGUUACAAAUGGGCCAUCGUUUGCGGGAGCAUCAUAUAAUGGUAAUAAUUCAAUGAUGAGCGUGAUGAUGAGUAAUAGUUGUAUGCCACCCAAUGGUACCGCCAUUAUGCAAACGAUCCCUGGUUCCUCACGAAUGGGUGUUGUUCAUAUGAAUCAGCAAAUGUCGAUGGCACAUCUUCGGUCGUUAACAAGGAUACCAUCCAUACCACCAUACGCAUCACAAACCGGUGCACCACAACAUCCCUCUUUUAUGGGUCAAUCAGCUCAAUUCUGUGGUCCACCUGGAGUGAUGAAUGCUCCAAAUCCGAUCUGUUCAUUUCCGGGUGGUCCAAUGUGCUCAAUGAAUACUGAUCCAAUGCAGUCAUCGCACAUGCUUGGUGGAAUGCAUGGCACAGCUCCAUCGCAAUCAUUAGGCGCAAAUAGUAUGCAUGGAGCGGGACCACCAAACGGACAGUUUUCCAUGCAACAACCGCAACAACCAUUCCAACAGCUCAGUCAUUUUGUUAACAAUGCCAAUUUCAAUGGGCAGAUGGGAAUGACAACCGUGAAUCCAUCACAGCAGAAUAUCUAUCAGCAACAGAUGAUGUUCCGUUGCAAUAUAAGUGGAAACUUGUCAGCACAACAUGCCAUUCAUUCAUCAGACUCCUAUGGAAUUGAUUCGCAGAGUCAAGCAUCAGUCGAACCACCACCACCAUUUUCUCAAGCAAUAAACCAUCCGUAUCCUCCAGUACAUAACGUUCAAGCUGGUUCAAUGAUGUAUUCGCAAUCGCCGCACAUGAUACGUCCGAAUACGUUAAUAGCACAAGCGCAAAAUCCAAACAUGAUGUGCGGUCCGCGGACAUCGCAGAAUUCCAUGAUAGCAGUGCCACCAUCCAUCGGAAGUCCUAAUAAUAGCGGGUUAUUUGGAAACCGUCUAAUGAAUAUGCCGCCUGUUAUGGAUACAACUGGUGUUCCACCGAAUAAUAUACGGACACAUCCGGAAGGAAAAUCCUUGGUACUUGCUGUACUACUCCAGGAUACUGUUCUGGAUCUUCAUUAUGAUUCAGUUUUCGAUUCUUGUCCAAUUUGUUCAUGUAAUGGUAGCAUCAGAGCGAAGGAACUUGGAGUCUAUAUAACACCGCCCGAAGUGCUGAGACAAUCACCAGCGCAGCAACAGCUAAUUGUUAGCAAGCCAACCAGUGGAUUCUAUAAUAAUACAUCAAAUUCGUGUAACUGUGGAUUUAGUGCUGUUCGACAUCGUUAUUUAAGUAUGAAAGCUGGUUUAUUCGCUGAAGAUGCAAAGGAAGCAACGGAUAUCAAUGAAACUCAAAAUCAACCAGCAAUCCCACAUACCAUUUGGUUCGACUCAAUGAGUGGGCGGGACAUGAAUUUCAUCGCUUUACUGCGUGAACAAACACUUGUGCGUGACCUUGGUGGAUUGUUAGAUCAGGUCACGUUACUCAGCCUGCAAUGUGAGCGAGCCUCUCAGACAGAACGCAUUGGGUCCGAUUCAUCAAAGCAUUGUGAGUAUAUAAUUUCGGAGGUGGAUCAGCGGGAAUUACCGUUGGUAUUUCAAGCUGCUUGCGAGGUUGCUUGUAUGGAAAUGAACUGCCGACGUCCGCCGCACGAUGUGCGAAGUGUGCUUCUUCAUGACUGGGGAGUUCAGAUAUCAAAUGAAAUGCGUGAACCGCGCGAGUCUGAAUGCAUGGCGUUGUUGCAAGAAAUUGGACCAAUUCUUGAAGAAUCUUUACGAAUUGCUCGUUCAUCACCACUGUUCGGGAGCAACAACAUAGUGGAAGGACCAUUGACAUGGCGAUUUUUCGAUCGUAAAGCAUUGAAAGCUGCUGGAGGAAUGGAAGAUGAUAGCGGACCGGAAGCUGUGCCGAAUAUAGUUGUUGCAUCGGAAAAAGAUGCAAUUAUAACAUCGCCACAGAUCAUAAGAUUGUGGGAAAAGAUGUCAUUGGAACCGUACGAUCAGCCGAAAGAUGUACUUUAUAUCGGUGUUGUUCCGGAUAAUCUGAUUUGCAUCGAGAAGACAAAAAAAUACCUCAUGGACCUGUCUAGAAUGUACGAGCAGUGUCGUUUUGGCCGUCACAUACCAUUUUCACGAGAAAUGUUACGAGAUGGUCUUCUGCGUGUCCCUACACGGUAUCCAGCAACGAAUCCAGGUGAAUGUGACAAUUUCCUGAAUCAAGUCGAGCGACACAUUGGUGAUAACAAGUCGUUGAUUACACGAUUAAAGGUGUAUAUGCAGUAUUUCGAAAAUGAAAUGGCUCGUAUACUGAUUAACAAUGAUGAUAUCUUUAGCCGGGACAAAUAUCGUGCUGCUUUGGCCGAAAGUCAGAUGCACUCCGUGCAGCAUGUUUCAAUGACAAGUUACCAAUGUGGAGGUUAUACAGCAUCAGGUUCUGAUCACAUGCCACCACCUCCGGCAUCUGGAAGUAUUAUUAUUUCCGGUCAAUCCAGUGAAGCCUCACAGGGCCCAAGUAGUGCGAGUGCUCCUAGUUCAGCUGGAGCGACAUCUUCAAGCAUCGGUGAAUCCUUGACACCAGAUGGUUCUAUUGGUGAUGGAGGCGCUCAAAAUAUGAGCAGCUUUUCAUCUUUGAUGGCUGAACAGUUAAUAGCUGAUGGUAUUAUAGGAGAGGAUGAACCGGGAACUCUACCUCAUGUUAUUGUCAUCUACCUCGUGAAUCCGUUUUUACUGGGUGCUGAAGAAAAUCCACUUGUUGCAAGAGUUGUUACGGUUGCUCUGAUGCGUGCAUUUAAUGCACUCCUUUAUCGUUUAAACAACAAACGUCGACCGCAGUUACAGUUGGAAAUGAUUGCGUUACAAAGUGUCUUCGAUUAUUGCGGUGUUUCUGCUGAUUUCCUAAAGGAUGAACGUGGACGUUUGAAUGGGUAUGAUCAAGGACGUUUGGAGAAAUCGCAAAAUGAACGGUUAUCUUCAUCCGAUUCACUCAAAACUGUUGCUUUUUCGGUUUACACGCAUUCGCGUGUGGUAUUACCGGAUAUUGUACGUGGGAUUUUGCCAAAAAGUAUGACGCGUUUUGGUCCUGCAUCGGCUAUGGUUGAUUUGUUAAACGAACUGGAACGAAAAGAACCUAUUUAUUACAAAAUCCCAAGCAAGCCAUUCAUUCUUGCCCCACCAUCACCGGUAAUGCAGCGUCCUAAUUGUGAUCUCAUGCAAAUCAAUACUGAUGAAGCUGUAUUGUUUGUUAGUUAUUGUUUAAUAGGAAAUGACUGGCUUGCUGCCACCGUGACAGAUCAUCAAGGCCAUUCGCUCGACAACUGCUUAAUUAAUUUGAGGUUAAAACCUGAUCAUAAAAGGGUGAAUAUGAGGUACAAACAGUCGACACAGAUCCGAGAUAGUUUGUAUCGUCUGUGGUCAUACAUUCUGGGUACACUAGCUAAUGGCACCAGGAACUGGCGGCUUGUUAUUGGUAGAGUUGGACGAAUUGGUCAUGGAGAAUUUAAAUUUUGGACUCAAAUCCUCAGCAAAUCCUAUUUGAAACAAGUUGGAACACGCAUGAAACAUGUGUGUCGGGCAUGCCAUGUGAUGCCCGGGACUUCGGAAGUUCCCGGAGUGUUGUCAGCUUGUUUGGUCAGCCUAGAACCCGAAGCUCAUCUUCGUGUUUUUCCGUCAUCCUUUCAGCACGAUGAUCGUUUCCUGAAAAAUUCUCGACAUCGUACAUUGACGACACCAGAUGAUACAAGUUGUACACAUAUUUUGGUUUUCCCUACCAGUCCUGAGUUGAAUUUAGAUCAUCAAGGUGGGAAUGGUGUUGCCGAGUUGGAGGAGGAUGAUUUUUCAAAUUUGUUAACGGAAGAAAUUGGUGAGGAAUUCAGUGAACUGAUUGGAAAUGGUGAGGAUUUGAUGACAAAUGGUACUGGACCACCGCCACAAUCAACAAGCUUUCGACUGGGUGGAAACACAGGGAUUCCAAGUGAAUAUGCUGAUGUUUCGAUAGAAAAUCAACCACUCGCAACCGGUUACUAUAUUUCAACAGCACCAGCAUCUGAUUUACCGGAUUGGUUCUGGUCAGCAUGUCCUUCUGCGAAACGACGAAAUCCGGUACAUCUAAAAAGUUCACUUCAUUUAAAUACACCAAAUGUUCAACAAGGCGAUGAUAUCUCAUCAUUUGGUAAAAGUACCGAAGCUUGUCAUCAUCAGUUGGAUAGUCAGGCAACAGCCGAUGUCCUCAGGUAUGUUUUGGAAAUGUACAAUGCCUUAUCGUGGCUCAAUAUGGAUCUGGUAAGCGGUGAACGGCGUUCCUGUCUACCCGUUCAUAUUCAAGCUCUUAUGUGGCUUUGCAAUGCCGUUAAUCGCUUCAUUAAUUGA